UGGUGGUGUGUGCAUCAUUUGUUUGUACAUUUUUAUAAAUGAGACAUAUUUUCUAAUGAUAUGUUAAACAGUGAUUCGUUGUUUUAACGCUGAUUAUCUUUUAUUAAUUGGAAAUAUUUUAAAAGACGCAUGCGUGCAGUUCAUGUUAAACAAAGGUUCUGUGUUGGUGUUGUGUACGGGCCAUCAGCUGUAAAUUUAACAGAAAUGGCAUAGUCAGUUUUGGGUGUGUUUUUGUGGUGUUGUGGGGCUUUGUUUUUGACAAUGUUAAGUGAUCUUGUAUAUAUCGUCUUUAUACUCCUGCUGGUUCCCUAUAUUGAAAGUGCAAACCGUCUGAACGAGUACAUUUCACAUUACGAGCCCUUAGAUUAUGACACGUGGGAAGUGCACAGGGCACACCAGAGGGCGAAGCGGUCUGUUAUCAGGGACGAUGCCGUGAAUGUCCAAUUUAAAGCUCAUAAUCGUGAGUUUCGUUUGAGACUGAAAAGGGACUUGGACGUCUUCGCCGACAAGCUGGAGGUCCAUGGUCCAAACGGUAAACCCGUACAUGUUGAUACCGCUCACAUAUACAAAGGUCGUGUUAUCGGCGAGCCAGACAGUGUUGUGUUCGGAUCGGUGAUAGAUGGGGUGUUCGAGGGUAAAAUAGUCACUCCCAAGGGGAAUUUUUUCGUCGAGAAAUCGUACCGAUACUUUCCCGAACACAAACACCCCAACCGGACAUUCCAUUCAGUAAUUUACAGAGAAGAUCAUGUGUCUGAUCCUUACGAGAACCGUCGUGCAGGUCAUGGAAGCGGCUGCGGGAUCACAGACGAGGUCAGUCAGUGGAUGGAAAAGGUUCAGAAUGCAGCCGUAGAAGAUCCACCUCCCAAUUCCAAAGAAAAGUACAGAAAACGUAAGAAAGCUCACGACAAAACCAAAGAUAAUAAACCAAAAGAACAUUAUAAUAAUAACACGUUACAUGAUGAUUUUGUAAAUAAAUAUUCACGGGAAGCGAACGAGCCCUACUUCUCUCGUGUUCGUAGAAAAAGGGCGACGAAAACUAGAGAAGAGAAUAAGAACACGUGUUCUCUGUUCAUACAAACGGACCCGCUCAUUUGGAAGCACAUCAAGGAGCAAUUUCCCGAGCCCACCGAUCGUCAGAAAGAACUGGAAAGAAACGAAAAAACCCGAGAGGAAAUUUUGUCUCUCAUCGCUCACCACGUUACUGCCGUUAAUUAUAUUUACAGGGAUACAAAGUUUGAUGGUAAAUUCGAACAUCGGAACAUCAAAUUUGAAGUCCAACGAAUAAAGAUUGACGAUGACACAACGUGCCACUGUGGCCCUAAUGAAUGCGAACCGAACCAGUUUUGUUUGGAAAAUAUCGAUGUUAGUAACUUUUUGAACAUACAUUCCCUUGGCAAUCACGAGGAUUUCUGUCUCGCGUAUGUCUUCACCUAUCGGGAUUUUACGGGGGGCACUUUGGGAUUAGCGUGGGUGGCGUCAGCUUCUGGAGCUUCCGGCGGAAUAUGUGAAAAGUACAAGACGUAUACGGAAACCAUCCACGGAAUGUACCAAUCAACCAAACGAUCACUUAACACGGGUAUCAUAACUUUUGUUAACUACAACAGCAGAGUACCACCGAAAGUGUCGCAACUUACCCUGGCCCAUGAAAUUGGACAUAAUUUUGGAUCGCCGCAUGAUUAUCCUCCAGAAUGUAGACCUGGUGGUCUGAAUGGCAAUUAUAUCAUGUUCGCAUCUGCAACUAGUGGAGAUCGUCCAAACAACAGUAAAUUUUCCAGCUGCAGCAUUGGCAAUAUUUCCAGCGUUUUAGACGCGAUUUUUGAGACCAAGAAGCGAAAUUGUUUCUCUGCGUCGGCGGGAGCCUUCUGUGGCAAUAAGAUUGUCGAAGCUGGUGAAGAAUGCGACUGCGGGUACGACAACCUGGAAUGUAUGGACAGCUGCUGCUACCCCCGAAUUGUCGAUCCUCUGGACAAAGUUAUGAACCAAUCAGCCAAAGGAUGUCAUAAAAGAAAAAAGGCCCAAUGCAGUCCUAGUCAAGGUCCGUGCUGCAGUGGUGAAACUUGUACCUUCAUCCCCGCGUGGCGUAACGAGGUGUGUAAAACCGAGUCUGACUGUUCACGCUCUUCAAAGUGUAACGGUUUGUCCGCGGAAUGUCCUCCCCCUAGUCCAAGACCGGACAAAACGCGUUGUAACAACGGUACUCAACUGUGUAUUAAGGGCGAAUGUAGCGGUUCGAUAUGCCUCGAGUGGAAUCUCACCGCCUGCUCCCUUAAUUCCAAGGACAAUCCUAAUAUGGACAAACGAAAACUGUGUGAACUUGCAUGCCAAAAUGGUACAGAUAUAUGUCGAAGCACUAGUGAGUUUGCACAUAUCGUCGGUUUGCCACCAGGUGGCAUCAGUCUGAGACCUGGUUCACCCUGUGAUAACUUCCAGGGUUAUUGUGAUGUAUUUUUAAAAUGUCGUGCCGUGGAUGCCGAUGGUCCCUUGGUAAGACUGAUGAACCUCCUUUUGGACGAGGAGACUCUCACAAAUGUGGCCCAAUGGAUCACUGAAUUUUGGUGGGCAGUAGUUUUAAUCGGAGUUGGUUUUAUAAUUUUUAUGGGGCUGUUUAUAAAAUGUUGCGCUGUACACACGCCCUCUUCGAAUCCCAAAAAACCACCCGCUCGAAGACUGAGUGAAACUCUUCGCAGGCCGAUGAAUACAUUACGGAGAAUGCGACACCAUCAUGGUGGAAUGCAUUCAGUCAAUGUACCUGGAGCUCCUGGUAGAGCACGAAGCGAUAGACCAAACAGGCCAUCAGCUAGCCAGGGCCCCAGACCUGGUUAUGGCCAAGGAAGAGGACAGCAUUACAUAGCCAAAGAUUAUUCUCCGCUAGCAUCCGCGCCCCCUGCGUCAAGCAGACCAAAUAAUCCGGGAUUGUAUGCAGGUGCGUAUGACAGGAAUGCGUACGAGAUGCAGCAGCAACAGCAGCAGAAAGUCUGACAGUACGCCACCAGCGAUCCCGAAAGCGUCCAAGGGCAGCCGCCCAGGACGUCUCCACCUCCUGACUACCCCGGUCAUCCAAUGGCCGGUAUUCGUUUCGAAGGACCCGCCGUAGCACCCGUAGAACCAGCAACAGCCCCUGUCGUCGUUGCCGUCUCCCCUGAUGCAAUCACGACAAACGACGCCGCCAACACCUCGGCUCACGUCCGUAUCAGCAAAAGACUGAGUAACAACGAGACGUCAACGAUGCCUACGGAGACAUUGGUUCCAACGGGUUAACGUGCAUUUAUUUUUUUUAUUAAUCAGAUGGAUUAAAAUGUGAAUGUGACGAUAAAUAUUUGAAACGGGUGAGGACAUUAAAACCUUAAAAUUUUUA